AGGGUGUCAUGUGUAGCCUACUAUCUUUAAGGGUCUGAACCUUUCCCUUUCAGAUGACAGGCAUAUCGAUGUGUGGCUACGAUAUAUACAGCAGGCACUCAAACCAACAAAUCCAAACGAAUGAGCGCUGAUUCACUGCAAUUCGAUGCAGCUUGACAAAUUUAGCUUCCAUUUAGUGCAGUUCAUAUGUGAAUUUAAAUAUUUCGGUUAAAUUAGUGUUAAAAAGCAUUGUAAAAAUACGGUUUUUGCAAACCGUGGAUUAAAAGUAGUUUGGUGCCUUGAAUAUGCUACCUUUCCGACGUCUUCAUGUAGCAGGUGCUCAAACUGCAUGAAGGCCAUGUCAAAUCAGUCCAGACAAGCUCCGGUUCACCCUGGAGGACCCGGAGAGAUUUCGAUCACAUGUUCCCUAUUGAUGGACGCAGCGAAUGCACUGGGCCCACCCUCACUGAUCCUGAGGAAGCCAUCCUGUCUGGGAGCAGACGUGAGAAGAAAGACAGAAGCAGCCCCUGUUUCUGAAGGGGCAGGUGGAUGCAAAGCCAGAAAAUGUCCAGCGAAGCCAGCAGCACAGGACAGAGAGGACGCUCUGUAUGAGCUGAGAGUGACUGGCUGGAUUGCUGGCCACCCUUCUGACCACAGACAGGGAUACCCUGUCCUUUCAGAGCAGGAAGCAGAGCAUAAGGAUGAAACCCGUCUGAAAGGAGUUCAGGAGGAGGGCGUCAGCUUCCAGGUGGCAAAUGCAGAGAGGAGGGGUCGUCGAAGGGUUAGGACCACCUUCACUACGGCACAGCUAGAGGAGCUGGAGAAGGUGUUCCAGGUCACUCACUAUCCCGAUGUCCAGACCAGGGACCAGCUGGCCUCUCUAACACAACUACCUGAGGGAAAAGUGCAGAUAUGGUUCCAGAAUCGCCGAGCAAAAUGGCGUAAAAUUGAGUCUUUGGGAGAUUUUGGGGGGCUGCAAGACCUAACAGUGACAGACCAGGUGUCUGUACUCCAGCAUGGGUUUCCUCUUAAGUGUGAAAGGAUGGUACUUCCGCCUCCCCUGAUUGGCCCAAGACAACUCCAGUCCUACCCUCUGCAACACAAACUCCGCCUCUGUGGGUUGUCACCUCUGCCAAAUGGCUACUUCUCCUGCUACGUACCAAAGGUCCACCCCCACUUGGUAUCAUACCCACCCUCACAGCCACGCACCCUCUCCUGGCAACCCCCACAGGGAGCCACACUAAGUGACAGUUUCAGCUGACAGGCCUCCACAGAAACCCUUUAAGAACUCACCUAUUGAUGAACUACUUGGUCUUUCAAAUGAUUAUGUCAGGGGUUGUCCAAGAUGCUUAAGAAAUUGCAUUGUCUACCAUUUUGUGCUCUCACCAACACUUUAUGGCCUCUAAUUUCCUUCUUAUUAUAUGUAGCAAACUUUGCCUUGAGAAAUGUUGUUUUUAAAAAGCAACGCCUAGGAAUUUUAAGUAGCAGGCUUUCCUAGAACCAUUAAAAAAAUUUUUCUCAGAACAAAGCACUUGUGCCAUGCGUCACUCUCCAGCUUGUAUGAAGAACGCCAACAGUGACCGGUAUAGAGUGUAUGUGACUGUAUGCAUGUGUGUGUGCAUGUGUGUGUGAUGGACAGAAAGAGAGAGGGAGAGAAUGAGAGCACACAUCCUACACAUUCCUGAGUUCAGAGUUUUAUUAAAAUGUAAUUACCUGCAAAAAAACUCUGUGAAGAUUUAUGUCUUUAAUUGACAGUAUCUUUCCUUGUCGGAGAUAAGCAGGGGUGGCUUAGUGGUUAGAGUGGCAAUAAAUGGGAUAUUAUGUUGAGCUUUCUAAUUAUUGCUCAAUGGGUUUAUGGCCCUGUAGAGAUAUGGUUCCACCUUGUCUUAAUUCGGCUGAGGUCGACUGCAGGUCAGCACAGGUUGGCAGUCAUGGACUGAGUACCAUGAAAUUUAUUUAUUUGGGGGAAAAAACUGCUCUGUUAACUGUAAUGGCCAACAUAGUUUUGAGUGUGGUGUCCAAGACCAAAAAGUUUCAAGAGAACUAACUUUACUCAUCGUAGGUUCAACAUUCCUGGUUUUAACACUGAAAACAAUGUCAAAAAAAGUGAAAAGAUAUUUUAUAAAUAAAUAUAUUCUAUAAAUUCCCCUCAGCAUGAGGUUUGUUGAUGGGAAAAUUACUGAAAGCCACUGUUAGCUAUCAAUGGGAGAAUAAAACGACUCCUUUGAAGUUCAGGGUUAAAUAGAGUACAGCAAAGAUUCUACACAACAGGAAGAUUCCCAGCUUUCUCCCUCAACUAGACAUGCAUGUUUUCUCACUCACGUAUAUCUCCUUGAGGUAAUUGCUGGCCAGAGAUAACAGUGAGGAUAGAGCAGGUGAUCAUUUUAGGAACUGAUUAGCCACUGAUUUCUCUUAUCAGCUGGUUCUUCACUUUUAAUUGAAGAACAAAACGUCCAGACAAGGGUAUAUUAUAUAAUGACUGGAGAGCUCCAAGAAGAGGUGAAGGCCAUAGAAAUUCUCUGGAAAAAAUGACAGUUGUGCAGGACUGUAUACUGUAUAAUGAAUUGGUGACUGUAUACUGUAUAAUUAAAAACGUGAUUGUGUUGUG